AGUACAGCCUAGUGUGCUACAUGAACAGAUCAAAACAGAGACUCGAUCGAGCAACACUGUGCUGUUUCUCUCUGGAUACAUAACCUUAACCGGACAUAUAUCCGCCGUGUUUACAUACGGUGUGAAAAUGUUAUCGAGGAAACUUGGAUAUAACUCAUACGCAGGAGAAAAAGAUCGCCAAGUGAAAGAAAAGGAGAGCUUCGAUAAAGCAUACACAAUCGGACAAGUUCUUGGAAGUGGUGGAUUUGGAACAGUGUAUGCAGGGGUCCGAAGAAGAGACAAUUUGCCUGUUGCAGUGAAACACGUCAACAAGGAAAAAGUCACAGAAUGGGGCCAGGUAAAUGGACAUGCAGUACCCAUGGAGAUUUGCCUGCUGAGGAAAGUUCAACAUGUGACCGGUGUUAUUCGUAUUCUGGAUUAUUACGAGCGGUCGGACAGUUUUAUAAUAGUAAUGGAGCGCCCAGAGCCCGUGAAAGACUUGUUUGAUUAUAUUACUGAAAAAGGUGCUCUCAGCGAGGAUUGUUCAAGAGACUUCUUUAGGCAGAUUGUGGAAAUUCUCAGCAGUAUUCACCGUGCAGGAGUUAUACAUCGUGAUAUCAAAGAUGAAAAUAUUCUCGUGGACUUAAAAACAGGACAGUUGAGACUCAUUGACUUUGGUUCCGGAGCAUUCCUGAAAGACACUGUUUAUUGUGAAUUUGAUGGUACCCGUGUAUACAGCCCACCAGAGUGGAUUCGUUACCAUCGUUACCAUGGGCGUUCUGCAGCAGUAUGGUCUCUCGGCAUCCUUCUUUACGACAUGGUCUGCGGAGAUAUUCCAUUCGAACUUGACGAACACAUUGUCAAAGCUGAGCUCACAUUUAAAGGCAGAAUUUCUCCAGAAGUAAAAGAUCUUAUCAGAAGGUGUUUGUCCCUCCGACCAUCUGAACGUCCAACAGUAGAGCAGAUCUUGGACCACCCCUGGAUGAGGCAGGGCAUUGCUCAGAAGAAUGACAAAGAGAUGGAUGUAUCAUCUAUGAGCAGCCAAGAGAGUAUAUGACGCAGGCUGCAUUCUUAGUCCAAGUGCAAUGUGAUAACCAAUAUGGCAACCAGCCACGCCCACCUCACAUAUUCCACAUGAGGAGAGGUGGGUCACCAUGACUGCCUGUGCUGGCCAAUGAACAUACUCUGAGUCAGUGGUCAACAGUGACCACCCAAUACUGCCAUUUCAAUGCAACGUUCCUUUCCGAGGAGAAAAAGACAUUCUAAGGUGCUUUUUGUCUCUUCAAAUUCCACUUGACUUCAUGUGACUUCAAGGGGUACAAGGCAGCAAGAACAAUGUAGAUUCGACAAAGGAAAGAUGGAUCAUUACAUUCCAUCCUAACCUGAACCAGUGACUUAAUGACAUCCCAGUGAGGGGUGGAUCUAAAACGGGUACAUGUCUGUGACAUGGUGCAACCAGACCUUAUGGUGGAGAGCCAGGAUGUAUCUACCAACAAUUGCUUGGGAAAUACCACUUCUUCCAGAUGCAAAUGUUCUUAACUUAUUUCUCACAUCAUUUUCUCAUGAUUUUUCAUUGUACAUAGUUAUCAUCAAUUGGAAAUAAUUUAUUGUGUUGUAAGGAGGGAUGUGAAUGUAUUUAAAGUGUGAAUGACUGUGUGCUGUGUACAUCUGUAUUUAUUCAGCGGCCUAUGGUCGGUUUGGUUGUGUUCCAAAUGUACAUAAAUGUAUUUUUAUAGGAAAAACAGAAUGAGAAAAGAAAUAAAUGAAAUUAAAUUUA